GAACGCAAAGCUUGGGAGCGGCGCUCCGCCCGGACCUCGACGGGGGUUGCACCGUGCGGCGUUGUGAUUGGCUGAGAGCGGUGCGCCCCCCGCGCGGGUCCCCAUGGCGGCGCACGGCCGCUGCCCCGAGUGCGGCUCCUCUGCGCUGCUGGAGGACGCGCACUACGCGCAGCAGCAGUUGGUGUGCGCCGCGUGCGGCUGCGUGCUGGCCGAGGGGCUGCUGACCACCACCUACAGCGACGAGGGGCAGCUGCGAGAGGUGUCCUAUUCGCAGAGCACUGGGCAGAAGGAGCAGUUGAACCGCUGCGAGCAGCGAGGGAUCAGACGGGUCCAGGAUCUCUGUAAGGUUCUUCGGCUCCCGUCGGUGUUUGAGGGAACGGCCGUCUCCUACUUCCAGAGGGCACUGCAGCACCCCUCCUUCCGCCUGGUCAGCCUGGAGAAGAAGGAGCUCCUGGUGGGCUGCUGUGUGCUGGCAACCUGUCGGCAGCACAACUGGCCACUGACGUUGGGAACGAUCUGCUCCCUCCUCUAUGCAAAGCAGGAAUUGGUCACCAGCGUCUACCUGAGCCUUCAGAAGGAGCUCGGGAUCUCAGUGCCGGCGCUGAGCCUUUCAGAUCUGGUGAAGACUCACCUUAACAGUUUCCGGCUGUUCCAGCACACAGAGGACAUCCCUGUCCUGUUUGUGGAGGACAAGGAGUCGAUGCUCGCCCGGACCAUGCAGGUGGUGGAGCUGGCCAGCGAGACGUGGCUGGUGACAGGCCGGCACCCCGUCCCCAUCGUCACAGCUGCAGCCUUUCUGUCCUGGCAGUCACUGCAGCCCUCCGCCCGCCUCACCUGCACGUUCACACAGUUCUGCAAGGCAGCAGGCGUCGACCUGCCUCCCCCAGCACGCCUGAGGCUGAAGGAGCUUUAUGAUGUCCUCCUGAGGAUGGCAGCUGAGCUCGCUUGGCUGAAGGUGCUUAACUUGGACAAGAAGACGGUGGUCAAAUACAUCGGGGAUCUGCUGCAGCACCGAACCUUCCUGCUGAAAAAUGCCUUCCGUGCAGCAGAUGUGGAGGAGCAGCAGAGGGCAGCCCAGGCCGAAGACUCCUCCAGCAAUCCUCCAGCAGCAGCAGGGACAGCACAGGCCGAGGGCCGUUCCACAGAAGGGAAACAGAAGGCUGUGGGCAGCCGGAGGCCCUUACUGCCACCCUGCCUCCUCCAUCCAAGGAAGAGGCUGCGCACUGCAGCCUUGAGCGCUUCGGAUGCUGGCGUCACUGGAGAUGAUCCCAUCUCUGACAGUGAAAUAGAGCAGUACCUGAGGGGCCCAGAGGAGAUCAGGGCAUUCAGGAGGGCCAAAGCGUGGCAGUAA